GGAACCAAUAGGUACUUAAGAGUCCUGACUGCUUUCUGACCAAGAAAAUUGCUAAGCUGGGACUCAUAUCCUCUGAGCUGCCAAGGCCAGUUAGUUCUCCAACUACUCUGAUUGGCUACUGGUGGACAGCAGAGCUCCUCUGGGCACCUACCUUUGUAGCUAAGGACUUUACAGGACACCAAGGGCUGCCCUUAAUUGAUAAAGAAUUUGGACAGGAAGGACAGUGAGAUCUGAGUGUGCAUCACCUCUCAGUGCAGAGAUCUCACAGAGCCCAGCUUCCUGAAGAAAACCCACUUCAGUCCAGUCUAUUCAGGGCCCAAUGGAGGUUGAAGAGGCUCUGGCAGGACUCCAGGCAGAAGUCAACUGUCCCAUCUGUCUGGAUGAUCUGAAAGACCCUGUUACCAUUGAAUGUGGGCACAACUUCUGUCGUUUCUGCAUCCAACAGUCCUGGGCUGAUCUGCGGGACAAGUACCCUUGCCCUGUGUGUCGUCACUCAUGCCAGGAGAGACACUUGAGAAGCAACACCCAGCUGGGAAGGAUGAUUGACAUUACCAAGCUCCUCCAGGUCACCAAGAACAAGAAGCAGCAGCAGGAAGAGAGGUGCUUAUGUGAGAAACACAACCAGGUCCUGACCCUGUUCUGUGAGGAGGACCUAGAGGUGCUGUGUCCCCUGUGCACUCAGCCCCCCGACCACCAGGGCCACCAGGUAAGGCCCAUGGAGGAGGCUGCUGCCCAUCACAGGCAAAGGCUCAGCAGUUACAUUGAGCCCCUCAAGAAGCAGGUGGCAGAUGCUCAGAAACUAAUAACCACCCAAGACAGGAAACUGUUAGAACUGAGAGAGCAAGUGCAAAACCGGAGAAGGAAGCUAGCCACUGAAUUUGAGCACCUCACACAAUCUGUAGAACAUGAGCAAGAGGCUGUUCUUUCAAGGUUAGCUGAAGAAGAGAAGGAUAUUCAACAGAAACUCAGUGCAAACACAACUGCAUUUGCAGACCACAUUUCCAACCUGAACAGUCUACUAAAGGUGGUGGCAGAAAAGAGUGUGAUGUCAGAUGUGAAAAUGCUGACCAAUAUCAAGAGUGUCUUCCAUAGUUGUGAAAGCCUGAAACCCCCAGAUGUGUAUUGGGUCCAGUUACGAGGAGAAGGGUGCAGUCUUCCCCCACAGUAUUCGGCCCUGCAGCAAAUUAUAGAGAAAUUUAGAGAAGAAGUUACUCUGGAUCCUGAAACAGCACAUCCUAAUCUGCUUGUGUCUGAGGAUAAAAAGUCGGUGACAUUUGUGAGGAAAAAGCAAAGAGUCUCUCGGAAUCCAGAGAGAUUUAUGAUUGACCCAGUUGUCCUGGGUUCUGAAGAGUUUGAUUGUGGCCGACAUUACUGGGAGGUCCGGGUGGAUGACAAGCCUGAGUGGGCCGUGGGUGUUUGUAAAGGCUCCCUCACCAGGGAGAGAAAGCAGUCCCCACCAGGACACAACAGAUGUUGGACAAUUCAGCUGCAUAAUGGUGAUUACGUGGCACGAGGGCCUUUUCCCGUCAUCCUUGUGCUAAAGGAGAAUCCCAGAGGGAUUGGCAUCUAUCUGGACUAUGAGUUGGGGCAGAUUUCAUUUUACAGUUUGAAUGACAGGUCUCACAUCCAUUCUUUCAUGGAUAAAUUUUCUGAAGUGUUAAAACCUUACUUCUGUAUUGGAUGUGAUGCUAAACCUCUUAGAGUUUGUUCUGUAAGAGAUUACAAAUGAUGACCUGUGACUUUGCCUCAUUUUCUUGCUAUGAUUUUUGAACAGUAGCUAGAAUUUUAUACAACUAUCUUGUAGUGAAUCUAGCACCAAAAAAUUUAUUUCAGUACCUCUGCCUUGAAGAUGGGAUGUUUUCUCUCUUUUUUUUCUUUGUUGUCCAAUUUGGCUCAAUAGCAAGAUAUGUUGAACAAAUGGAGAUGUGGAGAAUAACUGGGAAGUGUUUCUGAAGGUCUUAGAAUGCAUACAUUGUAAUUCACAGUAUAGAAAGGGAAAUGUGUAAUUCACGUUGAAAUUUAGUUAAGUUUUUAGUGCAUUUACAUAUAUUACAAGUUUUGUGUGCCUGUCAGGCCUGUAUAUAAGUUCCUUACCUUCCAGGCGGAAGAGAAGGUAGAAUUGGGGGUUUCUCUCAUUUCUGUAUGUGUUGGGAGUAAGGCAUUGAUUGCUUCAAACUGUUUUUGAGGAUGUUGUUACAGAUGGUGUCUUCAUGGGAUUUUUUAGGACUCACCCUUCUUGUAUCCUCUUUUCCUCACACCUGGGAAAGCUGAAGAGAAAGCCCAGGUGCUCCAUCCUUUGCAGGUGGGAAGUUCAAACCAAGUAAGCUCCUAGUUAGUGGCAGCAUCCUCUCACUACCAUCACCCAGUAACUGCCAUAAACACCCCAAAACUUGUCUCCUUUCCCAACAUCUGCUCUCCCUGUAAACCUUAUUAUGGAAAUAAUAAACCUUUUCAUAUCUUUCUGGUGUGUGGCACCAUCAAUCCUGAAACAUCCAUAUUUUGGGUGGGGAUCUAUUGUGACUUAACAUUUGGCAUUAGAGUACCAUGUCUGUCUCCGAAGAGUAUGGUAACUUUUUUCCAUGAGUAUGAAAAAGUGGGGGAGAAGGAGCAGGAGAUGUAACUGUACAGUGGAGAAGCUUGUAACCACCGCCUUAAUCAGGUGAUUAAGGUUCACAUCAUCAGUGAUAUGUUGGUAGCCAUUACCUUUGAUAUGAUGUGAUAAAAAUGGCAAAUAUUCCUCUGAUGAUAGUCUUUAGCCUUUUCUGGUGUUUGGAAAUGAAAAUGGAAAUGCAGUACACAUCUAGUGAUUUCUAGUAGUAUUAAUAUAGAUACAGAAUAAUUUCUUAUAAGUUUUGUUACUGGUAAAAUGACAAAACCCAAUAAGUUUGGAAAACUGUAUUUUGAUUGCUUUCAGAUCACCUUCCUACGAACAAAAAUGCCAUCUGCCAUGCUUACCAUCCCUAGUAAGGGGUAUUUUCAAGUUUUACAAAUCUGUUCAUAACAACCUCACAUCUCCAACCUAAUGUUUUAUUUGCGUGUUUGAACAUAAUUUUGAACAUUAACCAAUUCCAUCUUUCUUCUGUGUCCUUUAAUUUUCUUGAGUCAUGUAUUAUUUUCUUAUGUUGUUGAAACUUUACAGAUAUGAGUCAUAGUCUCUGAUGGAAAUAUUUACUCUAAUGCAGUUUUUUUGGUACUUUCAUUUAUGUUCAAAUUUUUGGCAGCGUUUUAUCACUUUGGUGUUUAAGGUAAUACAUAAAAUCAGAAAAUAAAUACAUAUUUAAAAUCUCCCUAAAUACCUUUAAGUGUUUUUUUAUGCUUUAACUUUUAAGGUGGAAUUC